GUUGCUCUGCUUGACUGCAAAAUAGACUUUUACUAAUUUACCAAGCUGGCAACAGCCUUUGAUUUUAUCGCAACCCUCGACUCAUUCUUGCGGUGCUUUCAGGUGCACCUCGGAUUUCAUUUCCUCAUUUCUUAAUCCCACAUUCCUGCCCUAAAUUGUGAACAUGAAAAGACCGAAUCCCGUGAACUAAUGUGUUUUUGAUUUAUUAUUAUUUAAUAACAGCAUUAAGCUAGUAUUACAGUAGUGGCAUUGUGGAAAAAAGCAAAAUCCAGCGAGAUAAUUAUCCUCGGAGUUUCCCGUACUGGAUGAAAUCUUCUGUACGUGACUUACGAAACGUCACAUCUCGCAGUAGUUCCUGGUCUGUGGACGUUAAUGGCUGCGAUGCCACAUGAAACAAAAACAAAACAAAACAAAAAAACGUCCGCUUUGUAGGGAGACAAAUCGCUUUGUGUAUUAAAUUUAAGAGAGAUAAAAGCAUAACGCGCUAAGAUAUAGGAACACCUUUGUUUCAGCGUCCUAAUGCACAAAACAUGUUCCCACGUGACUUUGCAUGGGGAGCGGCGACGUCUGCGUAUCAAAUAGAAGGUGGCUGGCAAUCGGACGGCAAGGGACAGAGUAUCUGGGACACAUUUUGUCAUGAGAAAGGCAGAGUGUUUGGGGACCAGAAUGGAGAUGUGGCCUGCAACAGCUAUGAGCUGUGGGAGAAAGACCUGGAGUGUAUCCAGCAGCUUGGGCUGACGCACUAUCGCCUGUCUUUCUCCUGGGCCCGCCUCCUGCCUGAUGGGACCACGCAACAUGUCAAUCAGAAAGGUGUGCAAUACUACAACAAAGUGAUUGAUGAUUUGCUAACCUCAAAUGUCUCACCGAUGGUUACCCUUUACCACUUUGACCUGCCUCAAGCUCUGCAAGACCAGGGAGGCUGGAAAUCACCUGGUAUAGCCAGUCUCUUUGACAAUUACGCUCAGUUUUGUUUCCAAACAUUUGGGGACCGUGUCAAACUUUGGAUCACUAUCAAUGAGCCACAAGUGUGCGCCAAACUGGGACACGAAGACGGCAUCCAUGCCCCAGGGUUAAAAGAGAAAGGCACUGCUGCCUACCUGGUAGGACACAACAUGCUGCGGGCCCACGCCAUGGCCUGGCACAGCUACAAUUCUCGCUACAGGUCAGAGCAGAAAGGUGCCGUGUCUAUUGCCCUCAACAGCGACUGGUGUGAGCCAUUAAACCAAGGUUGCCCCAAGGACAUUGCUGCUACUGAACGUGACCUUGCAUUUAAACUGGGAUGGUUCGCCUGGCCCGUGUUUGUUACCGGUGAUUAUCCAGAAAUAAUGAGAUCUGCUAUAGACGCUCAAAGUAGGAAGCUAGGAUACAAUGCAGCCUCAAGGCUCCCCAGUUUCUCCAAGGAUGAAUCUGCCAUUCUGGGAACUGCCGACUUCUUUGCGUUGAACUACUACACGUCUCGCAAAGUCAAACCAGGAGGAGGUUGUGAAAAGAUGUUGUGUAUAAAGGGAGACCAAGAUACAGAGGAAGUUUUGGAUUCAUCCUGGCCCGUCAGUGGACUGUCCUGGCUGGCUGUAGUGCCAGAUGGCUUGAGGAAACUCCUAAAGUACAUUAAGGACACUUUUAACAACCCCGCGAUCUACAUUACAGAGAAUGGUUUCUCUCAGGUGGGGCCACUGCAGAUCGAGGAUGCCCAGCGCUGUGUGUAUUACAAGGACGCCAUCUCAGAAGUGGCAAAAGCUAUACAAGAAGAUGGGAUCAACGUCCGUGGAUAUUUUGCAUGGUCUCUGAUGGAUAACUUUGAAUGGGCCGAUGGAUUCAGCGUUCGUUUUGGCUUAUUCCACGUGGACUUCAGUGAUUUGAAGCAGAGUCGAACUCUGUACCAAUCUGGACGGGAAUAUGCAAAAAUCAUCUCAAAAUCCCGAUCUGGCCAGUCUAAAUAAGAGUAGCUGGAAAAAAUGUGCGUUACUAUGUGAAUUAUGAACAUGCUUUUGCUUUCAAGAACUGGAGUCAAGAAUCCAGAUUUAUUUUUUUAAGUAUUGCCUAUGAAUUCUUUUGUAGUUUAACAAAAACAGCUGGUGAAUUGUCUCAGGAGUAUAAUUUCUCACUCGCCUUUAUGAUGUGAAGACAGGGACAAAAUAAGGUUAUGUUAAUUCGGUGGUAUUUAAAUCGGUAUUCUAUCCUGCCAAAUCCCAACUCAUUGCAGGUAAGGAAGGUUUAUACAGAACCAGCGAGCUGUAAGGCCCUGCAAUCGCUUCAUGGGGCUGGAGAAGAACUUAUGAAGAACCGAACAAUAAUAACGGCAUUAUCACUGUGAAUGACUUUAUUGUGCGUACAUGUAUUAUGUGAAAGCUGACCUGUUCUGGCGGUCUGUUUACAUAUUUAAGAUCUUAUCUUUAGCUUAAAUCUACCAGCAAGAGUCACGUGACUGGAAUCUGCAAGAUAUCUUGCAUUAAUGUCUUGAAUUGUUCUCUGAAUAGUUGUGAUUCACUAAAAGGUUGAAGGUCUGUAGCUGUAGUGACACAGGUAUGGGAAAACAUGCUCUGCAGUUUCACUUUGUGAUGUGAAAGGCUGUUUCUUGUUUACAGACGUAACGGACAUAGUGCACAUGCCCACAUGACGAUAACAGUACCUGAGGAAUGACAGAGAAACCACAGUCUCCACAGUUGCAUUCCUUACAAUUGCAGGCAAUUUUAAAGCGCUAUAAGCAGUGUCAGUAUGAGCAAUAAUGUGAUUAUAUCAAUGAAAGUAGUGGUUUUAUGACCGCAAAUUGUCUCAGUGAGCUCACUGAAGACGGCGUCGAGACAAAGGAACGCGCGGAAAUAAAGCCUUUUUCAGUGACACAUCAAAGCCCACAGCUUACAUUUAUUUGGAAUAAAGACUGAUUGAGCAGAUGCUUCACUUCUUUGACAAGAUUAAACAAAUACCGUAGUUUAGCUGCUGUGGGGGAAACAGGUAUAAUUAGUAACCCCUUUUCUAACCACCUGCCCUAUCAAUGGAAAGGAUGCGACAUAAGACAAAAUGCAGUACUCAUCCUAGUUAUGAUAAUGUCAUCUGGGUGCAUAAAGAGCAUUUCAGCACACUCAGAAGGCGUGCCAGCUGAAAGCAACAGAUGUCCUGCCACAGGAAGUGAGCAUAAUACAAUUUGUGUUCCCCGGACAGCUGUGCAAAUGAACUACUUUUAGAGGGAAAAACCAAACAAGGAAAACACCCUGAGGCAGUCUGCUGAUUCAUUGCCGUGGUUAAGGUUAAGGAUUAUUUGGAUGCUGUAUUGAGCAAACUAUACUGCUAUGGAGCUUAAUGAGGGGCUUAAUGAGCGCUGCUGAAUUUCAGGUUUUGUACUGCGGGUGUGUACAUGUAUCUGAUCCAGCUACACACCUGUGAAGGGGAGGACAACCGGAGAAGAAGAGCAGUUUAACAGCAUCUGUUUGUGAGCCUGCAGUGCCACCUCGUGGUGCACAGUUGUAGUACAGCGUGUACGGCUUUUUAUGUGGCAUGCAGUGAUGUGCUACUCUCAUUAAUAAAGCGCAUGCUGUUGGCUUAACAAACAAGUGAAGGAGCUUUUUAACUACAAUACAUCAUAUAUUUAAUACAAUUAAUAUUUAUGCUCCGACGUGAAGGAAAACGUCAUUUAUAUACUGUGUUGGGAGACUUUGUUUGCAUUAAUAAGCAUUGUGUAUCGCGACAUCCAGUUGCCUGUGCUUACUGUUCUCAACAGAUGUGAAUAAUACCCUCGUGGCCCUCCUCCAUCUAUGUCAAGCCGAGUGAGAAUCUCCUUUGUCUUCUGAUGAAUAACAAGCUAUUGUGGAAACAUGAAUAAUGCCACUGCCGCUCGGAUUAGAGCUUCUUUGCAGGCUGCUUUUGAGCACAAGCUUGAAGCACAUUUCAUAGCAUCUGACAAAGUUCACGCGCGGUGGUCUUGACGGAGCGGAAAACGUUGAACUCGUCAGGUGCAAACACACAGCUCGAUUCCAGGUGAAAUUUCUCUCACCCGGAUAAAAAACAAACAAAAUCAGAAGUGAGGGAAGUUUGAAUCAUAUUUCCCAUGAUUCCUCACUGCAGCCCAUGGGCAACACAAUUCCCAGCUAAGAGUUGAUUAGUAAUUCCAGCACCUGUCUCCCAGUAUUGAUGGAUUCCAUCUUCCUUUAUCACGGCGUCGAGCUAGCUGCACGGCUGAAA